GAGAAAAAGUAUGCGUGAAUGUAUCUCAAUUCAUGUGGGCCAAGCUGGGGCUCAGAUUGGUAAUGCAUGCUGGGAACUGUACUGCCUGGAACAUGGGAUCCAGCCAGACGGACAGAUGCCCACGGACAAAAUUGUCGGAGGAGGCGAUGACUCCUUCAGCACCUUCUUCAGUGAGACACGAGCAGGAAAGCACGUUCCCAGAGCAAUCUAUGUUGACCUGGAACCAACUGUCAUAGAUGAGGUGCGUACAGGAACCUACCGUCAGCUUUUCCACCCUGAGCAGCUGAUUACAGGAAAGGAGGACGCUGCCAACAACUAUGCCCGUGGCCACUACACCAUCGGCAAAGAGAUCAUAGAUCUGGUCCUGGACAGGACACGUAAACUGCGUGAGUGUAUUUCUAUGCACGUUGGCCAAGCUGGAGCCCAGAUGGGCAAUGCAUGCUGGGAGCUGUACUGCCUGGAACACGGGAUACAGCCAGAUGGACAGAUGCCCUCUGACAAAACUCUCGGGGGAGGAGAUGACUCCUUCAACACCUUCUUCAGUGAGACGGGGGCAGGAAAGCAUGUCCCCAGAGCAAUCUUUGUUGACCUGGAACCAACUGUCAUAGAUGAGGUGCGUACAGGAACCUACCGUCAGCUUUUCCACCCUGAGCAGCUGAUUACAGGAAAGGAGGACGCUGCCAACAACUAUGCCCGUGGCCACUACACCAUCGGCAAAGAGAUCAUAGAUCUGGUCCUGGACAGGACACGUAAACUGGUGAGACUUUGUGACAGUGUCAAAGCUAUAGAUUUGGAAUACAUGGCCUGCUGUCUGCUGUAUCGUGGUGAUGUGGUGCCCAAAGAUGUCAACUCUGCUAUCGCAGCCAUCAAGACCAAACGCACCAUCCAGUUUGUGGACUGGUGCCCCACUGGCUUCAAGGUGGGUAUCAACUACCAGCCUCCAACUGUGGUUCCUGGUGGAGACCUGGCCAAGGUGCAGAGGGCCGUGUGUAUGCUAAGCAACACCACAGCCAUCGCUGAGGCCUGGGCCCGACUGGACCACAAGUUUGACCUGAUGUACGCCAAGAGAGCCUUUGUUCACUGGUAUGUUGGGGAGGGCAUGGAGGAAGGAGAGUUCUCAGAGGCCAGAGAAGAUAUGGCUGCUCUGGAGAAGGAUUAUGAAGAGGUGGGCACUGACAGCAUGGGAGAGGAGGAUGAAGAGGGAGAAGAGUACUGAAGAAUCAAACAUCAUCACGCAUUCCAAAUGUUGUGAAAGUAACACAUUCCCACCAAAAUCCACACAUGUGGUGAUUCGUCAGUAUUGUCAAUAAAAGUUCUCAUAAAAG